AUGGGACAAUGGUGGACUCCGGAGCGCAUCGAUGCCACCGUCACCAGGGCCUUCAUCGUCCAGCACCUCGUUGGUGAUGAGGCCGACCAGCUAGACCGACCCGUGGGGUUUACCGCCGAGGCCCUCACCGAGAGGACGUACCUGGAAGCCAUACAGAGCGGCGCGAAGAAGCUGUUCCUGAUCCUGGUGGACGUCGGCGUGCCGGACCAGAUCUUUGGCAUUAUCGACGAUGGCUGGGACGACGAGGAGCUGCCGCUCUCCCUCGAGGAGAUUGAGCGCCUGUCGCUGAUGGAGGUCAACAACGACCGGGUGAACCGCAAGUUCCAGCAGCGCCAGGGUCAGUACAUCCUCAAGACCAUUGGACAGGGUGAGCAUCAAACCUACGAGGAGAGCGAACAGGUGCCCAUUGAUGUCGUCGAACGGGUGCCCCCCCUGCCCACAAAGGGCCAUCACGUCGACAAGGUCAGGCUGCCCAACAUCCCCGGCGGCGUCUUCACGCGCAGGAGGUACACGCUGGGCAAGGCACCGGGCUCCAUGCCCAUGGCCGAGUUCCUGGAAAUGGUCAGCAUCAUCAAGACCAUCCAGAGCGAACACAUGGUGUCGUAUUGGGGCUCGUACACCCACCAAGGGUACGGGUACGUCCUCCUCACCCCCAUCAGCGAAUACAGCCUCAAGACCUUCCUCGGGGGCACGCCCUCGGCGUACAAAGGGCUCCCCAAGAAGGACCGGAGGGAGAUAAUUAUGAACUGGAUCCUCUGCCUCGUGGACACCAUGUGCUCCCUGCAUGUCACAAGUCGCUCGCACUGCUACAUCAAACCGUCGGCCAUCCUUUUCACCAACAAGCACCACAUCUUCCUCGUCGAUCCGGCGCGACUCAGCCCCGACGCAUCGUCUGGCAAGGGGGAGAAGACGACCUUUGACCGGGAAUGGUACGACUACGCCGCCCCCGAACAAUGGUUUCAGCCAUCGGGACCGGGCAGCCCGCCCACGCGCAAGACCGUGCUGGCCUCGCUGUCCGUGUCGCCCGAGCAACACAAUGGCUUCUACAGCACCAAUCCCCACGCCCAGCUCUCUACGCCGACUCCAUCGCAGCAGGCCGACAUUUUCUCGCUGGGCUGCAUCAUCCUCGAGCUUCUCUCGUUCCUCCUCAAGCGCUCCACCAGCAAGUUUGCCAGCUUCCGCUCGGCCAAGCUGAAAAAGGGCGGCCGCGGCGGCGCCGUCCUCGACACGUCCUUCCACAAGAACCUCGGCCAGGUGGAGGAGUGGAUGACGAGCCUGGCCAAGGACGCCGCGCGCAAGGCGGCCGAGAGCCGGAGCGCGACGACGCGGCACGACGGCGCCCACGUGUUCCGCGGCUUCACGCCCAUGCUGCACAUUGUCGCCGAGAUGCUGGCCGCCAACCCGUUUGAGCGGCCGUCGGCGCUUGAGGUGCAGCGACGCACGUACGAUGUCCUACGCGACCACUGCGGGAUCGCGGAGCCGCACUGCGUGCAUCGAUACGAGGGCCAGCAGCAGGCCGCGAGGCAUGUCAUCCCGCACCACGCCUUUGCACAGAUGAGUCUGCGUCCGCAGCCGCAGCAACAGCAACAGCAGCCAGUACCGCCCGCGCUGUACCAGACGCAGUCGUACGACUUUGCGGAGCCAGGCGGGAGUCCACCCCCCUUGCUCGACAGGAGGAGCAGCGGGUAUUCCGAGGCGAGUCGAACGAGCGGCAGCACGACGACGGGCAGCAGCGAGCGGAGCAGCGAGUAUGCUGGCACUGGUCGGGGGAUGAGUAUGCCCCAGCCGAUCCGGUCGCCGAUAGAUCUCCGCAAUGGAUGGAGGACCCAGGGCUACAUGAGUGGUGCAAACGGGCCGCCGUCGUCUUCCUUGUACGCGGGGGCGCACUGA